AUGUUCGACGGACUUGCUUACAACCCUCGUCUCGGAAUUAUUGAACCAAUUAAUUUACAUCCUUUAAUGGCAGCAAGAGAUUUAGAUGAAGGAGGACAGGUGGUUCAAACAAUUGUUGAAAAUCUACUGAAUAUAUAUCCUGAGUUUAAAGAAGUUUUAACAGCAACAAACACAACAAUUCGUGAAAACUGUAUAGUGUUUAACACUGAAGAUAAUAUUUUAGACUAUAUGUUCGUUGUUUUAGGUCAGUUAGCUAAGACAAUAAAAGAGAAAGGUAUUGACUCAGUCAUAACAGUUGAAGAUGUAAUGUUAAGAAAGACUUUUGACUCAUUGUUUCAAGAACCAAAAGAAGUAGUUAGUCUUUAUGAAGUUUUGAACGCAAUGCUGACAAAAAUAAAUGAAAGUGACACUGGUAACAUAAGUGAAGCAAAAGUUGUUGAACUUCUUUCACAAAAAGCAGAUAAAAACCACGUUCAUUAUAUAACUUCAGACGAACAGAUUAUAACGGACUACCAUGGAUAUUUAACACAGGAUGAACAAAUAAGCACUGAAGAUGUUAAUGAAAGAAGAUAUAAAUACAUUCGUGCUAAAGGUUAUGACAUAAGCUGUACUGUACAUUAUGACACGGGUAAAGCGCUAGAAGCAUUUAGUUAUAACGAUGAAAUUUAUGCCUCUACUUUCUCUGUUAAAGGUGUAUUAGUUGAACCAAGAUUUACUUUGAGAGUUAAGUCAAAAAUAACGUUUGAAGAUGCUAUUAAAAGUAAAGCUGACAAAGUUGAACUCGAAGCAAUGAACAAAGUUUUGAAAUCUCAUAAACACAACAUCUCCGAUAUAAAUGAACUUCAAGCUACAUUAGACAGUAAAGCCGACAAGAAUCAUACACAUGAAUCCUUCACUACUGUUAGAGCAGACGACAUAAUAUUGAACUAUACCCUUGGUUCAAGUGCACCUUUAGAGAAUUCAAGUACAAGCGUAAAAGAUACACUAAACUCCUUAAAUAGUAAAUGUAUGAACAUUGAAGGUCAUGCCAGAAACUUUGAAACACAUGAACUACCAGCAAUGUUAGAUAAGAAAGCUGACAAAGAACAUACACAUAAAUCCUUCACUACUGUUAGAGCAGACGACAUAAUAUUGAACUAUGAUUUGGGUUCAAGUGCACCUUUAGAGAAUCCGAGUACAAGCGUAAAAGAUACUCUUAACAAUUUAGAUAACAGUUGCAGGAAUAUCGAAGGUCAUGCCAGAAACUUUGAAACACAUGAACUACCAGCAAUGUUAGAUAAGAAAGCCGACAAAACUUAUGUAGAUGAAAAUUAUGCAAAGAAGUCGGAAGUAAAUGCUGCGCUUAAUGGAAAAGCCGACAAGAACCAUACACAUGAAGAAUUUCAAACAAUCAAGAUUAAAGAAAUUAAGGUAUGCAUCGAAAUAGUAACAAAAACAGGAAGAAACGGUGCAACUGUACAUGAACAAAGAAUUAAUCCUCCUACUUUUCCUAAUGGUUUAAUAACAAACAAUAUAAAUAUUGUAGAUGGCAAAGGAUUUAUAAAUGUUAAACAUGAACUUCAAACAAUAAAGGCUCAGAUUCUUCAAACAUUAUAUCCUAUAGGCUCUAUUUAUACGUCAAUGAAUUCAACAAAUCCAGCAAGUGUUUUAGGUUUUGGUACAUGGCAGCAGAUUGUAGACAAAUUCUUAUACUGUGCUAACUCUUCAAAGCAAACAGGAGGUUCGAAGAAAAUUACUGAAGCAAACCUUCCACCGCACACUCAUACAGGAACUACAAACUUUUCUGGCGACCAUAGCCACUCAUUAAGAGACCACCCAUUAUACAACUCAGAGUAUGAAGCUGGCAAUGACGUUUUAUCUCCAUCUUAUAACAAUGCAGCAAAAAAGAUUUUUCGACAAACCGAACCGGGAGGAAAUCAUGUCCAUACUUUCACAACAAAUCCAACAGGCUCGGGUGCAGAUUAUAUGCCACCAUUUGUGACUAUAUUCGCAUGGUACCGCGUUCAAUGA